UCUCGCCUCCGUGUGAGGCGGGGGGCGGGGUUGUGCACCCGGCGCGAAGAAGCAGGCACGGAAGCGCCAUCUUGGCCCCCUCCAUGUGACGAGGGACUGUCCAAUCAGGAGGGGGCCGGGGAAACAGUGCAGCCCGGCAGCCAUCACAGAAGCAGUCUCUCCUCUGCCGGGCAAGGAGGAGGAGCGAGCACCGUUCGCUCCUGGGGCCAGAGAGGAAGAAGAGCUCGGCCACAUGCAAGCCGGUCGGGCUCAGGGCUCUUCCUCUCGGCCGGUAGUUGGUGGGAGCGGCAGCUGCGAUCGGCCACAGCCCAGGCCGAUCGCAAACGGUGGCUGUUUGUUCCUGGGGCCAGAGAGGAAGGAGAGCUCGGCCACGUGCAAGCCGGCCGGGCUCAGGGCUUUUUUCUCUCGGCCGUUAGUGGGAGCAGCAGCAGCAGGAAGGGAUCAACAGCCUUCGCAUAUGUUGCAGCAGGAAGGGAGCAGCUUUAUUUUCAGCAGCCAGAGCGCCGGGGGACCAAGCAGACAAAGGCCUUUCUCGGAGGCCUAGGGUGAUAUACGGGGCUUGGUCUUUUUUCUUUGCACAGUUUGGGGAAUGUGGAAGGGGACUUCUUUCAUGGGGGAAUGCCCUUUUUGAGGUCAUUUCAUAGCUUGGGGAGUUCUGAGGGAGUUGAUGUUCAAGCAUUAUUAUAUUGGAUGGAUCGAUUAAUUGGGGACCCAACCAACUGAUGGUUAAGUUGAUGUGGGAGCGUUAGUAUACUGGAUAGCUUACUUGGGGAUACCGAGGGACGAGUGCUUUGCAGAAGGGCUGAAGCAGUUAAAGCUUGGAUAACAAGCAGAGGGCUACCCAGUUUAAGGAGCCUGGCCCACAACCAAAGCUUGUCUUGCAGUUUAUAUAUAUAUAUAUAUAUUUUUUUUAAAAAAAAAUUGUCUUGUGGUAGCAAGCGUGGAUAGUCCCCUUUGCUAAGCAGGGUCUGCCCUGGUUUGUAUUGGAAUGGGUGACUACAUGUGAGCACUUCAAGGCAAGAGUUUUUGUUUUGUUUUUCCCAGUUAAUGGUCCUUCAGUUGUGCUAUAUAUUUGCUCCCAUUGAGUUAAAACAAAAUAAAUUAGAAGAAAUAAAUAGAUAAAUAAAUAAAUAAGUGAAGUGAGAGGGAGAGGCCUUAAUACCUUAUUCUCUAGGCCAGUGGAACGUUUGGGAGGACUGGUCUUGUGGUACAAGCAGGAAUUGCCUCCUUUGCUGAGCAGGGUCUGCCCUGGUUUGCAUUUGAAGGGGUGACUACAUGUGAGCACAUGGUCCUUCAGUUGCGAUAUAUUUGCUGCCAUUAAAUAAAUAAAAACAAAUUGAAAAGAGAGAGAGGGAGAGGCCUCCCUCAAUCACUUCCACCCAUUGGGGGGCAUCAGUUGCAGCCUCUUCAAGGGAUCCUGCCAGGCCUGCUGAGCCAUGCCAUCAAGGAAAGGGCCCGGUAAGGAGAAGGGGAAGGGGAAGGCCCCGGCCCCUAAGCGGCCUCAAGCACGGCCCAGGGAACCCGACCCCUCCUCGGGAUCAGAGGAUGAAGGGCAGCUGGUAAUGGCGAGGAUCUUGUCUCGCUUAGAGGCGUUGGAGUCCAGGAAGAAAGCUACUCGAGGGGAGGGGUCCAAGGCGGUUGGAAAGCAGGGUGCGAGAAAAGCGGGGAACCAACCUAAUAAGCAGCUGCAACUUUUACAGUCCAUUGAGGCGAGGCUGGAUGCACUGGAGAGUGGCGAAGGGGAGGCAACUGGAGCAAUGGAGAAUGCCAGCCGGAACGCCUUGGAUGCAGAUGUCGGGUCUUUUGGAGGAGCGCUUUCGAACUCUCGCCCCAGCAGCCAGGGAGCUUCCCGAAGUUUUUCCACUCCACCUAUGGAACCUUGGAUUCUAGAGGCAGAGGAGGCCAUUCGCCUAUCCCUAGCACCUAGCACAAGAGUGCGCUAUGCGUCGGCUAUCCGUGAGUUUCAUGCAUUUAGGGUUGACACAGGGCUGGAGGACCUAUGGCCCAUCCCAGUCGAGCACAUAAUGCGCUAUAGCACACAUUUACAUGGGAGGGGCUUGGCCACGGGGUCCAUUGGGGGUAAGUUGGCAGCACUGGCUUUCCAGGCCAAAAUGAAGGGGUUCGCGGACUCCACCACUGACUUCCGGGUGCGCAGAAUGCUCGAGGGAUGGGCGCGAGUAAACCCCUCUCAACCAGAUACGAGGGUCCCACUGGCGCCAACAACACUGCAACAGGUGCUCCCACUUUUUAAUGAUAUUUGUUUUUCCAACUUUGAGGUACGGUUGCUCAGGGCUUCCUGCCUCGUGGCCUUCUUCGGUGCCCUGCGAAUCAGUGAGCUGGUCGCCUCCUCCAGGUCUGAUACAUCAGCGUGGGCCCUGCAGUGGGGGGAUGCCCGGGUAGAGAGGGACAAGGUGGAGUUGCACCUGAGGCGGGCUAAGACCGACCAGAAGGGCAAGGGAGCCACCAUCACCCUGGCAGAGGGGACUGAUGAGGGCCUGUGCCCGGUGAGGGCCAUGAGGGAUUACAUGGCGGUGCGUGGGGAGGGAGAAGGCCAGUUGUUCCGUCAUGCGGAUGCUACGCCCUUGACGCGCUUCCAGUUCUGGGCUCUGGUCAAAGAGGCUUUGAGGAGGGCAGGCCUGGACCCGCGUGUUUAUGGCACCCACUCCUUUCGGAUAGGGGCAGCAUCUUCAGUUGCAGCCGCGGGGCUGACGGAAAAGCGGAUCCGGGCGUUGGGGAGGUGGCGUUCAUCCGCAUGUCGCCGCUACAUACGCCCACUGCCGAAGUGAUGGCCCACAAGAAGUAACACCCAAUUUUGUCUUACAGACUGUCAGGCACCUCCUUUGCCUUUGCGGAUACUCAUCUAUGGGCACAGCUAUGUGUUCUGGGCUAGUCGGCGAGCUCGGCAGACCAGCUUGGGUACCCAGUUGGGUCUGGCAGGAGCGGCGCAAGUGGAGUGGAUGGGCUGCCGAGGAAUGCUGUGGGACCUUUUCCUUCCACUUCUAGAUGAGUACAUCACGGCAAAGGGGGCACCGCACAUUUUGGUGGUACACCUGGGAGGCAACGACUUGGGUUUGUUGCAAGGCAGGGCCCUGAGCCUGCAGGCAAUCAAGGAUUUCCAGGGCCUGGCGGCCCGGUGGCCCGAGAUGCAGUUAGUCUGGUCUAACCUGCUCCCAAGGACACGCUGGAGGGGCCAAGGGGGCCCCCUGUGCUUCAAUAGGGCACGUAAAAAAGUCAAUAAGGCAGUUGGAAGAGCUAUUACCGCCUUAGGGGGGACAGUAAUACAGCACCCUGACAUACGAGUGCAGGAUGCGACCCUGUAUAGAGGGGACGGAGUCCAUCUCUCUGACCAGGGGAACGAGGUGUUCCUCUGGGACUUGCAACGUGGUCUCCAAGAGGUGCUAGCUGGGUGGGGAAAGCGGGGCUAAACAGAGGUUUGCCCCACUUCUGUGGCAGGAGAGUGCGGGUGUUGGGUAGGUAGAUUCAGGGAUCGGUGUUUGGCUGGAGGGCCAGUUGGGUGAGGGGGGUCAAGGAACAGCCUUUCAGGGCUUUGAUGGCCCGUAAGGUUGGGAAUGGCCCCCACUCGGGGGGUGGGCGCGACUCACCGGCUCAGAGCUUUGACGGCUUGGGUUGGGGGUGUGGCGGACCACCCCCCCCUCGGCGGGGUAGACCCCCGCGGUGAGAGGAGGCCAGGACUUGGAGCCUGGCCAAAUCAGGACCCGGCCCUUCGCCCUGGUGUGGGGUGCUCUUCAUUAGGAAGGGCCACCACACGAGAGUAGUACCCGCACUCUAGUGUAUUGGGACCUCGUUGCAAGUGUCGUUACCUAUGUACAAUAAUAAAAGUGGCCCUUAUUUACUCCAACUAAUGGUGUCCUGUCUUCAUUGGGCGUCUGGGGGUGCAAUGCCGCUUCUCGCCUCCGUGUGAGGCGGGGGGCGGGGUUGUGCACCCGGCGCGAAGAAGCAGGCACGGAAGCGCCAUCUUGGCCCCCUCCAUGUGACGAGGGACUGUCCAAUCAGGAGGGGGCCGGGGAAACAGUGCAGCCCGGCAGCCAUCACAGAAGCAGUCUCUCCUCUGCCGGGCACCCACCCACCCUCCCGGUACUCAGUGAGGGAUAGCCGGUCGCCUACGGGGGCCAAGUAGGAAUUUUUUGGGUCGUGCCAGAUUGGCUGGGGCACGGCCUUUUUUCGCCUACUUCUCACUGAGGCUUAGGAGCUGGGCCACAGGUAGCCAUCGUUACCUAUGGUCCCCGGGUGGCAGGUAGGCAUUGAGAAUUGGUUGGUCACUUUGCAGGAGAGUGCGGGUGUUGGGUAGGUAGAUUCAGGGAUCGGUGUUUGGCUGGAGGGCCAGUUGGGUGAGGGGGGUCAAGGAACAGCCUUUCAGGGCUUUGACGGCCCGUAAGGUUGGGAAUGGCCCCCACUCGGGGGGUGGGCGCGACUCACCGGCUCAGAGCUUUGACGGCUUGGGUUGGGGGUGUGGCGGACCACCCCCCCCUCGGCGGGGUAGACCCCCGCGGUGAGAGGAGGCCAGGACUUGGAGCCUGGCCAAAUCAGGACCCGGCCCUUCGCCCUGGUGUGGGGUGCUCUUCAUUAGGAAGGGCCACCACACGAGAGUAGUACCCGCACUCUAGUGUAUUGGGACCUCGUUGCAAGUGUCGUUACCUAUGUACAAUAAUAAAAGUGGCCCUUAUUUACUCCAA